CGGGCCGCCAUGGCGGGCGGGCGGCGGGGGCCGGUGCGGGUCGGGGCCGGGCUGGGCGUGCUGCUCUGCGCUCUCCAUGUGCAGGCAGCCUGUCGGGACACCACUGUCACACAGGAGCUCCUGAAGGAGGGGUUUCACAGGGACCUGCUGGUGAAGGUAGAGCUGGGGGAGGAUGCAGGAGGAUGUGCAGUGGCAGCUCAGGUGCAUCUGCCACCAGGAAUCUACGUGGAUCCCGACGAGCUGGCAACGCUGCAGCAGCACAACCUGACGAAGGCAGUGCUAUCUCCUGAUGUCAUUGACGUGGAGGCUCCUGAGUACUUGGCCAAGGCUCUUGUGCUGCUGCUGUUCCUGGAGCCGGAGACGCGCUGCUCCCGCUGCUUCCACGGCACUGUGCCUGUGCACGCCCGCUACCACCGCCCAGCCCGGGGCACACAGCAGGCCUUGGUGGCUCUGGAGAGCCCAGAGGUGCUGCUCUGCUGCUGCCACGGAAUGCCUUCCCUAGGUCACCUGUCUGAAGAGUGCUGGGAACCUGCUGAAGUGGACACUCCCUGCUCAUCUGACACCACCAGUCCCUGUCAGUGGCACACCACAAAACACAGACCUGCAUAUGAAGAGUCGAUGCUGAGGGUUCCUGUGGGGCUCAGGGAGCACAGUUCCCUGGUGUGUGCCCUGACCCUGAUCACCACAGGGCUCUGCUCUGGCCUGAUCCUGGCUGCUGCCUGCAAGUAUGGACACUUCUCACAGUGACCUGAGGAAUGUGGGAUGUCUGCUCUCCCUCCAGCACAACUAACUGCACAUUGCACUGUGCUCCUGGAUGGAUCCUGCUCUGCUGCUAUUUAUAUCUUAGGGGGUGCAAGGGUCCCAUGCUGGGUUAUGGUUCCUUUGGCUCAUAAUGCUUACAAAUGCCUUUCACAGCCCAGAAGACAUUCUGGGUGUGUUGUCCAAAGCAGGUGGAGAGUAGGAAAAAGCCUCAAAAAGCUGAAAGCACUGCUGUGGGCAAUGAGGCAACAGUCAGGAGUGGGUUUGGGGCUUCUAUUCCCUCCUCCUGGCCCAGAGCCUGCUUCCAAUACAAUGCUGCCUCUCACAGAGGUGUUUGUAUUUCUUGACUCAGGGAUUGGUUAUUAAGGGUAUGAAAAACAUCAUUGACUCAUUAAAAUUUUUGAAUUUUAA